AAACCGCGAUUCCGAGAGUAUUUAAUUACGCGUUUUGCGAUAAAGAACCGUCAGUCGCAAAAAGUUCAGUCACAGUUAAUCAUAAUAAAUAUAUAUUUAUAUAAAAAUGAAGAGAGUUAUGAUCACGUCUGCCUUUUUGGCAAUUCUUGUUUCUAUGGUUGCAGCGAAAUCUUCCCCGGAAAUUUUCGUGUCCGAUAAUGGUGCGGAGUAUAUUGUUGUUGAUAAACAACCAGAGCACUGCGAAGCCGGAAAAAAAUACAAAGUAGAUUGUAAUUUGUGCUCUUGUUUGGAUGAUAAUAAUAUGGCGUGCACUAGACAAAGGUGCAUUCCGAAGAAAAACGAUAGCGAGCAAAAAGUAUCAUGGGGACCUUUGUGGAAAGAAGGAGACUCCUGUGAACCCAAUAGAAUGUUCUAUAGCGAAUGCAACUCAUGUCAUUGUUCUCCUGAUGGAAGCCAUGCAGUUUGUACUAUGCAAGCUUGUUUCCGGCCAACAGCCUCAAAAACUGAUUAAAUAAACAACGUAAUUUGUGAACUGGAAAUUUUAAAAUCAAAAGAGAGCUUGAAAGUAUCAAAUUAGCUUGUAGAUUUCAUCGUUCACUUCUUCACUAAUUAAUUAUUUAAAAAUCAAUUUUCAAUUCCUUAACUAUUAAUUAAGUAUAUAAAAUUUAUAUAUUAUCUAGUAAUUAAGGAAUGAAUAUUUACUUCCAAAACUCCACUUUUGUAAAAAAUAAAAAUGUAGCAGUGAAUACUGAGUGUAAUUUUUAAAAAAUAAAUAAAUA